AUGUCUGAGAAUGAGCAAUCAUCGCGCCUUUCUAAGCGUUCUUCUCGACGUCGAGAAUCCAAGAAAUGGCCAUCUCGAAGCCGUAGGCGGAGCCUACGAAGACUUCAGAUGCCGAAAUAUGAACGUAGAGCUCGAAAACAACGUAGACGUCUGCUCCGAGGUUUGUUCAGUCCUAAACCUGAAUAUAAAGAUACAAAGGAGGAAAAUAAAGGCUCUAAAGCAAUUCACUCGAAUGCGUCACAAAUAACCACAUCACCAGAAACAGAAAGGGUAGAGGACACGCCGAUGGAGACAGAGAUUGAGGAAGCUCGGGAAAGGAAGCCGUGGGAGACUUUAGUGAUUGGCUGCGACUUGGGUGAGAACUUGAGCUACAUCGAAGAAAAGAAUCGCGAGAUUGAGCAACAACAGUAUAUUUUGAGAUACCAUGAGAAACAUUCGCCAGAUCAGGUUCCGCAUAACAAGAGAAUUCUCAAGAGACUAAUGAAGCAGAGGGCGGAGAUGGAAGACAACGAGGAGAAUAAUAUGCCUGAAAACCAGCGGGAAGAGAGCAAUCGCAUUGCUGAACGUCUUAAGCUGCUGAACUGGGCUCUCGAUACUUGCCAAUGCGAAGCUGAAUCAGACAAUAUACGGGCUGCUAUUCAGGGAUAUCAGUCUGGAGAUAUACCAUACUCGGAAAAGUUCACGCUCAUAUAUGGCGGGCACAUCGCCGAUGUCUGCCCCACGUACCAGUCUUUCUGUGAAGACAGACAAGAAAGACUUGACCGUUACGCGAAACGAUUUGGACCCGGUUGGUUGUGGCACGAACCACCGCUGUCUGGUCCAGGAUUUGAGGUGCUAGCGAAGAAAGGCGCUGCCCUGGGACGAAUAAGCUGUGCAGGGAAUUAUGGUAUAGGGCACUACGGCGUGUGUAUGGGAUUUUCCAUGGAUAAAAAACACGUCAUGAGAAUGAGCAAAGAAAGCAAAAGGGGCAAAGAGGUCAAGAGCAUCAAUAACAAAUACCCGGAAAUGAACUCGGAGGUUUCAUCGUGCAUGGUGAAGGUGCUCUUAGACUGCGGCUCAAACUUUCCCAUGCUACCCCUCGGAGACCUGCGGGAUCGUUUCGACGUAGACCUCAAGUAUUAUGCCGCGCAGGGCACCUUGAAUAUACAGAUGGCAUCCGGACAGGUUCAACCGAGCAGGUUCUUCGAAAUGUUUACCUCAGUGUGGUCAGACGAUGGGACUCCACUUGUUGGCAGCGGUGACAAAGCCGUGUGGCCUAGCGAGCCGCCUCUUCUUGGGGGAUAUGUUCCGGUCUGGGUCAACGAACUCAAAUUAGAUAAUAUCCGUUAUACUGAUCGUUUGAGCGGCAUGAUGCCAUUCGAGGCAUGCUACAUGUCAUCGGCACCGACGAAGAGGACGAUUUGGAUCGGGGAGGAUCGUAGAGAUGUGUUGGGUGCCGGACGCAUGCCGCCGCAUUUACGAUAUGAGACGGACAAGGCCAUAGCAGUAGAGCAGCCGCAUCCGUUUGCACAGCUGCGGAAAGAGACGAAGACGCCAGAUGAGGUGAUAUUCCUACACUACCUCAAAGGCAGCGAAAACGAAGUACUCGUAGACGGCGAUUGCCCAGGUGUGCGAGGAAAGAGUGAGUUGGCGGUCUUGAAACAUACAUAUGAUGAAUAUGGCCAGCGAGAUGGACUAAAGAAGAUAAAGACCUUAGCUCUGGAACCACGGCGAGGCAAUUAUCGGGAGAGAAAUUACGAACCACGUCUAUGGGAGCGGGAUUUCUUCCCAACAGAGAAGUUCUUUUCACAACACUAUUUGGGCAUGGGAGAAAAAUCGCGCCAGAAAGAGCCUCAUGAUCUGGCCAAGAUGAAGACCUUUGCGCUUCGGACUGCUGGGACUGCUGGGACCAGUUACGUGACCUGGGCAUGCUGUCAUUGGGAACUCGGGCCUGACUAG